AUGAUAAGCCUGCCGAAUUACGAGUUGGUGCGAGUGAUUGGCUCGGGGUCUUUCGGGUACGUGUUCGAGGGGCUGGACCGAACCCAUGGCCGCAAGGUGGCCAUCAAGCGGGUCGAAAAGGUCGGCAAAUGUCUGAGCCGGUAGUAUGAAAUUCUCUUUCUCAUCAAGGACUCGCCCCAUGUCGUCCACGUGCUGGACUUCUUCUACUCCAAGACCGAGAGCAACAAGCUCGUGCAGAAUAUCGUGUUCGAGUACUGCGAGGACAACCUGGAGCACUGGCUGCAGAGCCUGCGCAAGGACAAGCGAGCCACCCCCCUGCCCCAGGUCAAGGCCUUCAUGCGCCAGCUGCUGCUCGGCCUCCGCGACAUCCACGCGAAGGGCGUGGCGCACCGCGACCUCAAACCCGAAAACAUCCUGCUGCAGAACGGGACCGCCAAAAUUUGUGACUUCGGCAGCUCGAAGGUCAUCGACAAAAAGGGGAAGAAUACUCCCUACAUCGUCAGCCGCUACUACCGCGCCCCCGAGCUCAUGCUCUGUCUAACUGACUAUGACACCGCCAUAGACAUCUGGGCCGCGGGCUGCAUCCUGGCCGAACUGGUCCUGCAGGACGCGCCCUUCCGCGGCCGGUCUGAGGGAGAUCAGCUGUUCGCCAUCUUCCGGACUCUGGGCUCGAUGAGCGAGCGCGAGCUGAAUCACUACCGUGGCAAGGUGCCGUUCGAAAAGGACCUGCUGAACAAGCUGGGCUCAUUCUAGCCUAAAGACGUGAAACAGCAGUUCGUGGCGCGGGGGGUGGGCUAGCCCGACGCAGAGGAACUGUUCGACCUGAUGGGGCGGAUGCUGCGCUACAUCCCCGAGGAGAGGGUGACUGCGGACGAGGCCCUAGCCCAUCCCUUCUUCCAGUGA